AUGAAGUUUUCUACUCUCUUCCUCACAAUUGCCUCGGUGGCUACUGCCAUGGCUGCUGCUCUUCCCGAGCCCGAAGUCGAGAUCCCAGGCAAGCUUGUGUCUCGCGAUGAGUUCGAACUUGCUAUUCGUCAGGCGGGAUGCUCUGCUUGCAUUCAAGGCAUUCGAUGCUGUAACGGCUCUUGCAUCCGUGGAUGUUAA